CCGCUCCUACUAUUCCUGCCAGUGUCCAACGACCUACACUCGUUUUUCCGGAGUGUGAUAAAGAUUGUGAUUGCAACUGCUAAAAAUUCAAAUAGUCUUGACUCUUGUAAUGAACUUAGUGCUUAUGCAUUUUAAUGUUGUAGCAUUAAAGCAUUUAAUUACCAUUAGUUUUCCUGUACUAAAUAUAUUAUUUAUCCGUUAUUUAAUUAAUUAAUCGUUAUUUUAUGGUGGAUACCUACCCGCUGGUGCCCGUAUAGUGCAAGUACCUACAGUAGCACUAUUGCUGUCAAAUGCUCAAAGAAUAGGCACCUAAUGAAUUCACGUCAUGUCUGAUGUCCAGCUGAACUGAACACUUUAACCGCAGAAAAGCUGCACAGUAGGAAUACAGCUCCAGCUAGUACAGUGAUCGUAUAAUAAAGUCAAUAGUCGCUCUACCUAAUUACGGAGUCGAGGUACCUACUCAUUUCGUGAAAAGAAGCAAACCGUUUAAAUCGCAAUUAUGGGUUCGCAAGGCACAGAACCAGUACUCCAGUCGUUCCUAUUGGUCGAAAAGUCCAAGAUGAAAGAAAUACCGCGAAACUUACGAAAACCUAGCAACAUUUUAGAAAAGGGCGAAGUCGCACACCUCAAUGGCAUUGACUACUUCGAUCCAUUCCUUGAGAGAAGCUUGGAACACCCAACCACCAACGGUGAGACCCUGACUCAUUUACUGAAAGCGUGUCUAGGAACUGGCAUCCUGGCCAUGCCGCUAGCUUUCCAGUGUUCGGGACUUAUAACUGGCAUAUUUGGAACUGUGUUUGUAUCGUUGGUAUGCACGUAUUGCUCGUAUUUACUGGUGAAAUGUGCUCACACGCUUUACAGGCGGACAAAAGUGUCAUACAUGAGCUAUGCAGACGUGACUGAAGUGGCCUUCGCCAACGGACCUCAAUGGUCUCGAAAGUUCUCGUCGUUAACCCGACAGUCUGUGCUUUGGCUGCUGUUCGUCACAUACUUUGGAACGUGCAGCGUGUACACUGUGAUCAUCGCCUCUAACUUCGAACAACUGUUUACACAUCACAUGGGUUACGAGCUGAACCUUCGGUACUUUAUUUCGAUACUGCUCAUACCUCUUAUACUGCUCAGCUACGUGCCCAAUCUCAAAUACUUGGCGCCCGUGUCUAUGGUUGCCAACCUGUUGAUGGCCGCUGGACUAGGCAUCACAUUCUACUACACGCUGUGUGAUGUACCUAACAUUUCAAAAAGGCCAGCUGUGGGAACACUUGAAACGUUCCCAACAUACUUCUGUCUCACCGUGUUUGCAAUGGAAGCCAUUGGAGUGGUCAUGCCGUUGGAGAACAACAUGAAAACGCCCAGGGACUUUUUGGGACUGUUUGGUGUACUGAACAUUGGCAUGGGUGGUGUGACCAUCGUGUACAUUAUGCUUGGUUUUUUCGGUUACUUGAAAUAUGGUGAAACAACAAAAUCAAGUAUAACGUUAAACCUACCUACCGAAGACAUUGCCGCACAAGUGGCUAAAAUAUGCAUCAGCUUAGCCGUGUUCUGCACAUAUGGACUACAGUUUUUCGUUUGCUUGGAAAUUACGUGGACCAAAGUCCAGAAAAACUUUGAAAAAGCCACAGUCUAUCACAACUACAUCUUGAGAACGGUUUUGGUGUCUUUGUCUGUGGCAAUUGCGGUGGCCGUACCAACAAUUGGACCAUUCAUUGGGCUCAUUGGAGCCUUCUGUUUCUCGCUUCUCGGCAUAAUUAUGCCUGUGCUGAUAGAGUUCACCACAUAUUGGGACAACAUAACUGUUUGGAUGAUUGUCCGAAACGCAGUGCUGAUCGCUGUUGGCUUAAUGGCACUGAUCUUUGGCACAAUCAACAGCAUCACCGAUAUAAUUACCGUGUACGAGCCCAAUGCCACUCAGACUGUUAAUUCAACUAUGAACUCCACACUAAUUCAUUCAACCACUCAAUGACCGGAAAUUCAGUUACAUUAUCAUCCACCAUAAUAUAUUCUUAGGUGUAGUGCCAGGGGCUCUUUGACAGAACCUGCGUAUUAAAUAUUUCCCCUAUUAUUAUUAAAUCAUUAAGAUAAAUGUUUAGUUUAUUUUUCAUCUCGAUAGUUUUUAUACAAAAAAUCAUAAUAUUACCUUAUCAAUAUUAAAACUAUUUUAAGAAAUUAUAUUUGUGUAUACAUUAAAACAUCAUUAUAAUAGACCCAUCCAACAAUCUCGCAUAACCUAGAUCCCGUACAUUUUAGGCUCCCUAUAAUAGAAAAAUCAAUUGGUGCCAGUGAUUACGUUUUAAGGAGAUUGUUUUGUAUUAUAAAAACAAUUGAAAUAUUAAUCGAAUCAAAGGCAUAAUAUAGAAUCGUGGAAUGGUGCUAUAUGAAAUAACUUUUAUUAAUAAUGUAUUUUAUUGUACCUAAAUUAUAUUUAUAUCAAAAAUGUAUUUUAAUAUG